AUGGUAACGGGAAGGGGCUCGGAAUGGCUCCUCCGGGCCCGGCCGAGCGGAGGGAGGGAGCAGCCCCCGCCCCGGUCCCGCCCGCGCGUCCUGGGGUCUGCACGGGGCCGGGGUGCGCUCCGUAACCGGCCCCGCACGGCUCUAUCCCCCCGCCCGCAGGCCUGCCGCCUCCAGAAGCUGUUCGGAGCCGACGGGGACCUGGCCGAUGAGGAUUUCCUCUCUGCUGUGGAGGACGCAGAGAACCAGUUCGUGGUCCCCAGACACUUGUCACCAGUCUCUCCCCCUGUGCAGUCCCCAGCCCCUGGCCUGCAGCCCCUCCGCCCGCUGGGACCCCAGCUCAGUCACCACCCCAGUAAAGCCCCCAGCCUGCGGCCCCUCACUGGGCAGAGGGAGCAGCCCACAGGCUGCUGGGGACCCCCGACCAAGGGAGCAGCCCCCCAGGAUGAGCUGGACAAUGACCUCUUCCUGGCUGCCUGCAUGGAGCUGGAGGGACCCGAGCUGCCAGCAGGGGCUGGAGCUGCCCGGCCACCCCCAGCUCAGUGGGAGAAGCCCCCACGGACACACACGGGGCAGCAGAGCCCCCAGGAAUGGGCAGUCCCUAAGAAGCUGCAGGUGGGAGAGGAGCUGGACUCUUCCAGCUCUGGGGGAGCAGAAGACAGGCAGGACCCCCUGCCCACCCCACAAGCAGCUCCCACUCCCAAACUGGUGCUGCGGCCCAGCACAGCUGGUGCCUGUCCCCCCAGGCCACCCACCCUGCCCCAGGGAAAGCCCUGUGGCUCCCGGGGCUCCAUCCCCACUUCCAGAGGUCCAUCUCCAAGGCCUUUCCAAGCAUCCCCCUGCCAGCCAGUAGCAAGCAGCUCCUUGGGGCUGCAGAUGCCCAGGACCCCCAUGGCACAGGCUCCCCGGCAGAGCUGCCCCCAACCCCGGCUGCCCCCCAACCCUCCGACCUUGAUGACCUGCGUGGAGCCCCCACUGAGGCAGCCACCCAGGCCAGCCCCAGGCAACCUGCAGACACCUGUGGUCACCAACCACCUUGUGCAGCUGGUGACAGCAGCCAGCAAAGCACCCGGGGGUGUCCCUCGUCUCCCACCCCAGGGGAAGACUCGCAGGUUCCCAGGGCCUGCCGGGAUCCUGCCCCAGCAGCACUCUGGGAAGCUGCUGGAUGAGAUCCUCGUCUCUGCUCCCCAGACUCCAGCUCAUGGGGCGCUGGCAAAGCCACGGGCAGAGGGACUGCCCAGCUCCUCACCACCCACAGAAGAAGAUUUUGGGAAGGGCCCCUGGCUUGCAAUGAAGACAGAGCUGGAGCUGGAUGAAAGGGACCCCAGCUGCUUCCUCAGGACCUACAGCGUGGUCAUGGUGCUGCGGAAGGCAGCCUUGAAGCAGCUCCCAAAGAACAAGGUGCCCAGCAUGGCAGUGAUGAUCAAGACCUUGACCAGGACCAACGUUGACGCCGGUGCCGUGUUCAGGGACCCAACUGGAGAGAUGCAGGGCACAGUACAUCGCCUGCUGCUGGAGGAGCGACACAGCGAGCUGCGGCCUGGCUCCGUGCUGCUGCUGAAGCAGGUGGGCGUCUUCUCCCCCUCCCACCGCAACCACUACCUCAAUGUCACCCCCAACAACCUGCUCAAGAUCUACCCACCAGAGCCUGAGGGCAGCUUCUCACAACAGGAGGUCCCUGCCCAGGCUGGGCUAGUCCCAGACCAUCCCACACAGCCCCCAUGGGAUGCCCCUGCUGCUGGGGACUGGGGACAAUCAAGGAGAGGUGGCUAUGGCACAGAGCAGGCUUCUGGUGGCUUCUCCCUGCACUCGCAGAGCCCUGGGCCUGGGCAAGAAGAGCUGAUGGGAGCUGAUGGCUGUGACAUGGAUGACCUGGAUGGGCUCCUGGGUGAGCUGCCAGAGGAUUUCUUCUCUGCUCCAGCCCAAGCUGACUGCUGCUGACCUCAGGGAGCUGUGGUGGGACCAAGGAGAUGGUAACUGCUGGCAGGGCCUGGGCUGCACUGUGGCCCUAUCAAGGAGGCUGAGCACACUGGUGAAGCACAGUGCCCCUCCUGCUCCUCUCUCUGUAUCUCUGGUGUGUUUGUGCUGGAGCCAAGAAGCUUGGGGGACCUGGGGAGUCUUGGGGGGACAUGGCCUCAGUGCCUCCUCCCUCCUGGGGCAGGCUGGGCCCUCUUGGCUCCCAAACCUGCAUUAAAGGUCUGUUCUGUUCCUGCCUUGCCCUGUCUGCUUGUGUGUCAUUGUCCCCUCUGCCACCACAGAGAGCAGUGCCCCUGUCUCUUUGCUCAGCCACAGCACCACAAACCCUUCCUCCAUGUGGGUCCCUGCUCUCUGUUUCUGCCCCAGGGCUCUCACACAGCCUCAGCCUAAGCCCCAC